UUGGUGUCUCCGCAAAUUAAACAGAACCCGGAUGUGGGCUGGAGGAGCGCUCAAGACUGCCAAUGUUAGCAUCACUUUGCGUGUGUGGGAUGCUGACAGCUGUGCAAGCCCCAACACAAGCUUAUCUUUCACGAACACAUGGUACACGACAAGUAAACAGCUGACACGCCGGCUAACAACUUGCUGUUUGGGUAGCAUACUUCGACGGUUUCCAGGUACCUUCACUCAAUAUGGAAGCGUUACUUGACUUCUCGGAGUGCGUCGCGGAUUCUCCAGAAUUCAGGCUGAACCUGGAUAAGUUUGAGGAGGAUGUUUUUCUGCUACAGACACAGCUGGACAAGGUUACAAGGCUGUGCGGAAAAAUGGUGGAGGCGGGACAAGCAUACAAUGCAGCCAAUCAACUGUUUCUCACUGGCCUAUCCGAGCUGUUUUCACGUCACAAGGAGGAUGGCGUCAUAGCAAACUGCCUCACCCAAUUCGAGCAAGGCCUGCAGGAGCUGCUCACGUUUCACACUAUGUUAUUGGACCAGAGCCAGCGAGCUAUCAGUCAUCAGCUCAGUAAUCUGUGCGAGCAGUUCCUUCCUCAGCUGUCAGAGACCCGUGUGGAGUUUCUGCGUAUCGGUGACAAUCUGGACACAGCGGCUGCCAAGAAUGCUCAGGUGUCUCGACACAAGACCGCAGAGGCCGAGAGAGCAAGUCACUUGCUCACAGCUACCCGUAAAUGCUAUCAGCAUUUUGCCCUGGAUUAUUGUCUGCAGCUGAACAUGUUCAAGACUCAGCAAAAGACGGACAUCUUGAACUCUGUGUUCUCCUUGGUCAACGCUCAGCUGACAUUUUUCCAUCAAGGAUUUGACCUACUCAGGGACCUCGAUCCCGCCAUGAAAGUUAUGGCAGUGCAGUUGUGCGAGCGGUCGGCUGAGUGUGCGAGCACACGGAAAAAUCUGGAGAAUGCUCACCUGCUGGUCCAACAAAGAGAUGCCUCAGGAGAGACGCUGGUCCAGUCGUGUCACGGGAACAAUGACGUCAUUCAAGGUUACCUUUUCAAACGCUCCCGAAGGAAGUUGAAAACCUGGAAGAGGUGCUGGUUCGCUAUUCGAGACAACCAACUCAUCUACAGGAAGUCACACAAAGAGGCAUCCAUGCUCCUGUUCGAGGACCUCCGACUGUGUGCCGUCAAGUCUUUGGAUGACAUGGACCGUCGGUUCUGCUUCCAACUGAUCUCUGUGCACAAGUGUUGCGUCCUCCAGGCGGACUCUGAGCACGUGCGUUUGGCAUGGAUGGGCGCCUUGCAGGGCAGCAUCGACAUGGCGUAUCGAGAGCGAGGCCAAGCUGCACCGACCCAGCCUCAGGAGCCCCCUCCACCUAAGGGUGGUGACGACAACACCGCAACCAAUCAGGGGAAAGCGGUUCUGGCUGUGGCUUUGCAGGGUAGUGGCAAUCAACGAUGCUGCGACUGCGGUGAGGAGGAGCCGAGAUGGGCCGUCGUCAACUUGGGUGUCACCGUGUGCAUACAGUGCUCAGGGAUACACCGGAGUUUGGGCGUCCACGUGUCAAAGGUGCGCUCGCUAACGCUGGACUCAUGGGAAGCGGAGCAGCUUAAGCUGCUGUGUGUCCUGGGAAAUGACGCCAUUAACAACAUCUACGAGGCGCAGUGUUCGCAAAGAGCCAAACCCACCAAUGAGAGCUCACGUGCUGAGAAGGAAGCAUGGAUACGAGACAAGUAUGUGGAGAAGACUUUUGUGAGGAUGAACGGUGACAAUGAUGGGACAAACUGUUUCGAGGCCUCGCAGCUGUCGUGUCUCUACCGAGCUGCUGUGGCUGGAGACCUGGUCGCCAUGGUGAGGGCGCUGGCCCACGGGGCGCCGGUCAACGGGAACGUGGCCCAGGAGGAAGGACGUACACCUCUCAUUGGGGCUGCACAAGGGGGGUCGUUGUUGGCUUGUGAGUUCCUGUUGCUGAACGGCGCCAACAUCAACCACAGAGACCGAAGAGGACAAGGAGCUCUACAUGCAGCAGCCACCGCAGGACACACUGGGCAAGUGUGUCUACUGCUUAAGCGGGGAGCCAAUCAGUACGCGGUGGACGAGAGCGGACGUGACCCACUGGCUAUCGCCGUGGAGACAGCGCACGCAGACAUAGUCACGCUGCUGCGCAUGGCCAGGAUGAACGAAGAGAUGCGAGAUUCUGAUGGAGUGUUCGGAGCGGCGGGAGACGACCAAACAUUUCAGGACAUUUUUCGGGACUUUAGCAAUAUGGCGUCGCACGACCCGGAGAAGCUGGCCAGACGAACUUUCAGCAGAGGAGACGACGGGUAGUGCGCUGCUUGCAUGGAGAAAAGAAGACCAAAGAACUGUCCGAGGACUUGAGAAGCAAAAUUGUGAGGAAGCAUGGGCAACCUCAAGGCUACAAGUCCAUCUCCAAAGACCUUAAUGUUCCUGUGUGUACUGUGUGCAGUGUCAUCAAUAAGUGUAAAGCAUUGUGGCUAACUUCCCUAGAUGUGGACGGAAAAGAGAAAUUUACAAGCGAUUUCAACGAAAGACUGUGCGGAUGGUGGAUAAAGUACCAUCCGUCGGCGUCUGAAUGAAAAGGGACUAUGGUAGGAUACCCAGGAAGACCCCACUUCUGACCCAGAGACAUAAAAAAGCCAGGCUGGAGAUUGCCGAAACUUACCCGAGAGAGACAAAAACGUUUUGGAAGAAUGUUCUCUGGUCAGAUGAGACAAAAAUAGAGCUUUUGGGGAAAAGGCAUGAACAAAGUUUACAGGGGAAAAAAACAAGGCCUUCAAGGACACGAACACGGUCCCCACAGUCAAACAUGGUGGAGAUUCCCUGAUGUUUUGGGGUUGAUUUGCUGCCUCUGGCACCGAACUGCUUGACCGUGUACAUGGCAUUAUGAAGUCUGAAGACUACCAACAAAUUUUGCAGCAAAAUGUAGGGCCCAGUGUGAGAAAGCUGGGUGUCCCUCGGAGGUCAUGAGUCUUCAAAAAGCAACAGAAAAUGGUUUGAGAGAAAGCACUGAAGACUUCUAAAGAGGCCAGCAAUGAUUCCAGAUCUGAAUCCCAUAGAACACCAAUGGAGAGAUCUGAAAAUAGCACCCUUCAAAUCUGAGACCCGAAACAGUUAGCAAAAGAAGAAUGGUCUAAA